AUGUUCGUCCGCUGCCAUCUCCCAAUGGAGCUUGACACCGGCCCUGGGACAAGGAAAUCGUCAACGCUGUGCUCCUUGGUAUUGCUGCUGCUCGUCAUCGCAACCUUCCUUGUGUGUGAAGUGCCUGGACAGAUGAAGGAGGAAAUCGUCGGACUUGGCAAUCACAAAAGGACUGGCAACAAAGUGGAGCUCAACCCGUACGCUGUCAAAGUCACAGAGAAGAACUUCAGCUUGACAGAAUACAAAGGUCGCUUUCGGGAUGCCUGUGAUAUCAAGAUCGAGAAAGACUACAUCGAGCUUCAGUACAACGAGGACGGCAAGGGGUGCAUUGUCGAUUUGCUCAGCAAGAACAAAGACAAGAUCAAGUUAACAGCUGUAGUGAGGAACAGGCGAGGAGGGAUCAAAAAAUGCCUUGAUGGGGAUAAAGAAGUGGAGGAUAGCUACAAUAAUAAUGUGCCCUUCGUCUACAGCGUUAGCAAUGAAGUCAUCGAGAAGCUCAACAAAGGACUAAAUGAUGAUUCCAUGGAGGCGUGUAAAAAUAUUUGCACGUCGUGCAUGACAAGGACAUCUCUUGAAGUUUCGUGGAGCAGGCAUAAGGAAAUAUUUAUUGUAGUUGACGAAGCGGAGCGUGGUCUGAGUCAGGGAAAGUAUUUUAAAGAUCAGAAAGCGUUUCUCGACGAUGGUGAAGUGACCUUCGAUUUGGAGAUAACGGCGACUGGCAAGUUCACGAUGAAUUUCGAAAAACACGAAGUAUUUGCUCUGAAAGAUACUGUUUGUGUUGCAGAGACAGGUCAAACCGUCAAGCCAGAAGCAUGGACCAUCACGAACACGGAUCUUCGUGACAAACAUCUGCUCGUCUUCAGUCCGCUUUCACGGAAUUCUACUCUUGUAUUCGAAGGGAAAGAAAUUACGUUUAAAAAACAGUCUAUGCCGCAUUGUGAGCUCUUCGUUCGAUUUAAAAGACAGGACUACGAGCUGCUGUAUGUUAAACCUCCGCCAGCGACAACAACGACGACUGUUAAAACGACAACAAAAAGCUGUCCAACGGUUACGGAGGCUGCAACGUGUGCUCCUUGUCCACCAACAUCUGCUCCUUGUCCAUCAACAUCGACACUGUCCAGCGACAACGAUCUAAUGACGACAACUGCGGCCAAAAGCAUCUCAUCACCAGCGGUGAAGUGUCCUGCGGAAAGCAAGUGUCCGGAAGAAUCCCGUGGAUGGCUUUAUAUUUUGAUUGCCGUUAUUGUUGUUUGUGUAGUCAUCGUCGGAGUUUUGGCAUGGUUCUGGAGGAAGAGGAAUUCUGAAGAGAAGAAGCUCAUAGUCAAACACGAGGAAGAACUGUAUGCUCUGUACCAAGCUGAGGAAAAAGUCAAAGGCCCAAAGAACAUGAGGUCAUUUGACGCUUGGAAAGUGAAUAGAAAACAUAACGAACUGAACGAGCUUCCGUAUGAAAAAUUGGCCGCUGCAAUGUGGAAUAGAACCGAUAAUAAAACCCCGAAAGAAAAGAUGCAGUUCAUUGUAGACCAGUGCGCGAAACAAUUUGACAUGGAGAUGAGAGAUCGCGAAUUCAGCAAGGAAGUAAAGAAAAGAGGACGUAUAAGGGCUGGGACCUUCGAGGGAUGGAAAAAGAGAAAUAACAUCAUUACUGCGUUCACCGUGACCGAUGGAACAGCAACUGCAAUUGAAUUUGACCACACACGGGACGGGGAGGUGAUCGUUGAGAAUGUUGAGGAAGUGAAGGCUGAUAAGAACGUUGAGGAGGCAAAGGCUGAUGAAAACAUUGAGGAUGGCGUUUCGGUUCCACUAUCCGAAGGAGGAGGAGUUUGA